GCACAAAAAAUUAAUCCAGGAAAUAAAGAAAUUGAGCUUGAAGCUAAGAUAAGCAAAUGUCUUCAACUUCAAUCUCACAAAAACUUCAUUUAAAAUUUCUCUUCUAAAUAAUCCAAAGCCUCUCUUAUUUUGCUUCAAAUUUUAGAUUUUCUUAACUUUGGGUUCUUGGAAUUUUCAACUAUGGUAUCAAGUAUCAAUCUUUUUGAUGCUUAGUUCAAGUUUAAGCAUGUGAAAGCCAGAAUCUUAAUGCAAAAUUUUCUAUUUUUUUCCUUGGUUUUGGAUCAGUUUUUUGAGAGAUGAAUUCAAGUAGUGGAAAAGGAUCCAUGUCAACUGCUAGCUCUAGUGCUGCUUGGAAAACAGGAGAUGUAGUUCCUGAUAAAUUUCCUGCUGGUUUGCGUGUUCUUGUUGUUGAUGAUGAUCCAACAUGUCUCAUGAUCUUGGAAAAGAUGCUAAGAACCUGCCUUUAUGAAGUUACCAAAUGCAAUCGAGCAGAGACUGCAUUGUGUAUGCUACGAGAGAACAAAAACGGGUUCGACAUCGUUAUCAGUGAUGUCCACAUGCCAGACAUGGAUGGAUUCAAACUUCUUGAGCAUAUUGGUUUGGAGAUGGACCUCCCUGUAAUCAUGAUGUCAGCAGAUGACGGAAAACAUGUUGUUAUGAAGGGUGUUACACAUGGUGCCUGUGAUUACUUAAUCAAACCAGUUCGUAUCGAGGCACUGAAGAACAUAUGGCAGCAUGUGGUUCGGAAGAGGAGGAACGAGUGGAAGGACUUUGAGCAAUCAGGAAGUGUAGAAGAAGGAGAUCGCCAGCAAAAACAAUCUGAAGAUGCAGAUUACUCGUCCUCAGCUAAUGAAGGGAAUUGGAAAAGCUCAAAAAAGAGGAAGGAUGACGAAGAUGAAACUGAUGAGAGGGAUGAUACAUCCUCACUAAAGAAGCCCAGGGUUGUCUGGUCUGUUGAGCUCCAUCAACAGUUUGUUACAGCAGUUAAUCAACUAGGCAUCGACAAGGCUGUCCCAAAGAAAAUUUUGGAGUUGAUGAAUGUUCCUGGCCUUACUAGAGAAAAUGUUGCCAGCCACCUUCAGAAAUAUCGCUUGUAUCUUAGAAGGCUGAGUGGGGUAUCGCAGCACCAAGGUAAUCUGAAUAAUCCUUUUAUCAGCUCCCAAGAAACAACUUUUGGGCCACUGUCUUCACUCAAUGGGCUUGAUCUUCAAACUCUUGCUGCCACUGGUCAACUUCCUGCACAAAGUCUUGCCACACUUCAAGCAGCAGGACUUGGUCGGUCAACCGCUAAAUCUGGUGUACCUCUGCCCCUUGUUGAUCAAAGAAACAUUUUUAGCUUUGAAAAUCCAAAGUUAAGAUUUGGGGAAGGGCAGCAACAGCAUAUGAACAAUAAUAAGCAAAUAAAUUUACUUCAUGGAAUUCCAACAACUAUGGAGCCAAAGCAGCUUGCCAGCUUGCACCACACUGCACAAUCAAUAGGAAACAUAAAUAUGCAAGUUACUUCCCAUGGUGCGCAAAGUGGCCAAAAUAGUUCUUUAUUGAUGCAGAUGGCUCAGCCACAGGCAAGAGGGCCGACACUCGAUUCCACUGUUGGUCAUGCUCCCAGGCUUCCUUCAUCCAUGGGGCAGCCUAUAUUAUCAAAUGGAAUUGCUGCCAAUGUCUCUACAAGAAAUGGAAUUCCAGAAAAUAUCAGAGCCCCUGGUUAUAAUCCAGUUUCACAGACCUCUUCAAUGUUGAAUUUCCCCAUGAAUCACACGUCAGAAUUACCUGGUAAUAGUUUCCCUCUUGGAAGUACACCCGGGAUUUCUAGUCUCACGUCCAGAAGGGCUUUUCAGGAAGAAGUUAACUCGGAAAUUAAAGUACCAAGCGGAUUCAUGCCAAGUUAUGCUAUAUUUAAUGACUUGAAUCAACAUAAACCCCAAAAUUGGGAGCUAGAGAAUGUAGGCAUGACAUUUGAUGCCUCUCAGCAUUCAAACUCUCUUCAAGGCAACCUUGAUCUUACGCAAUCAGUUUUAGUUCAACAAGGAUUUUCUUCUCGUCAAGUGAAUGGACAGAGCAGGAGUGCAGCUGUUGUAAGCAAGGCAGUGUUCUCAGCAGCAGAUGGUACGGAGCAUGUGAUUGCACAAAAUGUUAAUCAACAUCUCGACUCCCUUCUUGUUGACAAUACGAUAAGGGUAAAGUCUGAGAGAGUUGCUGAUGCAAGCGCUGCCAAUCUAUUUCCUGAUCAUUUUGGGCAAGAGGAUCUUAUGAGUGCUCUUCUGAAACAGCAAGAAGGCAUUGCACCAGCUGAAAAUGAGUUUGCUUUUGAUGGGUAUUCCAUGGAUAAUAUUCCAGGGUAGGGGAUCUUCCACGCUCCAGUUCUCUUCAUGAUUGCAGUUUCUGAUGUACAUACUCACUGUAAAAGAAAUAUCUCUUCUGCAAUCAGUCAAUGGUGCUACAAGUUUGCGUUUUUUCUGGAAGCCGCGUUUGCUUAGUGUCAAGAACUGCAUUUUCCUUUGUGAACAUCAUGUUGUGCGGGUUUCUUUUGAACAUAACAGGACCAGACGAACAGGUAAUCAGGAUGGAUCAGUUACCAUUGGAAGAUAAUUGUGAAGCGUGUAAGAUACUUCUGCAUGAUAUGCAAAGGCGUUCAUGCAAAAUUUUGAUUGUUUUUGGUAGCGAAAUUGGGCAGGAUAAACUAAUUUUGUGGUGCUUUUGAAGUUGUCCAGCAGAUACUCAUCAAGUUGUGGAAGCAUUGUUUCUAGACAUCAGCAGACUAUAGGAGACUUUCUAACUCCAAUAACAGAUGAAAAGCUUGCUUUUUUUUCUUCUUUCUUCAACCUCCCUUCUGCUCUGCCAUGGGCAGAGGAAGACUUUUUGUUUUCUUUUAUCCUUUUUUUUUCUCAAGGAAUUGACUGCAAUGUACAUAAACCAUUUGAUUGCUCUGGACAUAAGUCUGGGUAUUCAUUUCUGGCUAUUUUCUCACCGUUAAUUUUCAUGGGAUCCUCAUAUCAUUUGAUUGCUCUAGACACAAGUUUAUGGUUGCAACCUAGCCUAGGCUUGCUAACCUCAAUUCAUUACUAUCUCUUCAAUGGAUGGUGCAUUCUUUUCUCCUUCUCCUUUAGUGGAUCCUCUAGUAUAAUGUCAGAACUAUGCAAUUAGCAAUUCCUAAUAUCUUUGUUAAAAAUGCACCAAAGCUUAGAAAUUCAGAUGAUUACAUGGCUACAAAUAGGAACUACUUGUGCUGAGGACUUGGCUUAAAUUUCGAAAUUCAUCAUCAUUUGGAUGAAACUGCCCAAAACUCAAGGUUGGAUGAAACUGUCCAAAACUCAAGGUUGUCGUUACUGACUAUAGUCACUGCAAAUAAAUCUGUUUGCAUAGUUACCAGGAGAUGUAUCCAAAAUGAAGAUUCCAACACAGUAAUCCUCGUAAAAUCCGUAGGCAGAUAAACC